CACAUCAUAGAGUAGUACACACUGAUCUAUGACAGACGUGUUUCAUUCUAAUAGUAAUAAUACACAGUUUUAAUAAUACUCUCGGUUUAAUAAUUAUUGUUUCUUAAAUUAAUAAUACACAUUUUUGAAUUUAUUAUUUAUUUCAUGUGAAUUUUGUGAUGUGAGUGUGUUAUUUGGGAAUUUAUUUUUAAAAUACAGAAAAAAAGAUAAACAAUGAAGCUGUUAUAUAUUGCAACAUUAUUGGUGACAUUGUCUGUACCAUCACGCUGCCAACGCCGGAAUAGGGUGGGCAAGUUUGAUGAAGUAUUCGCUUGGAAACAACUCACUUUUGAAAUUAAUGGAAUUGAAGUACUUGAAGAUCGGUUUUCCGAAGACGACCUAGCUGGUAGAGAUAAGAGAUCAACAGAUAAUAUUUAUUUUGAGGAUAAGGAUAUUGAAGAACCAAAGUAUUGGAAUACAAGACCUUCACAAUCUUCGCAGCCUGUGUACAAUAAUCCUAUAGAUACACCGAGUUCUGCGCCCAUCAGUCCUGAUGAUGAAAUCGGCAGAUUCUUCGUCCAGUACAACAACGUGCCGAUGGGGGCUGAAAGAGUGGACGAUCGUGUGUUCAUAACAAUCCCACGGCGAAGAUAUGGUAUACCAGCAACGCUAAACUACAUAGAUCUAAAUCGCCAUAGGAACAGCCGUUCACCUCCACUUACUCCAUACCCUGACAUGAAGAGAUCCAGGUCUUUGAUAUCGGUGUACAGGACGCGAGCUGAUGAGUGUGGUCGCCUCUGGAUGGUCGACACUGGAGUUAUUGAGAUACCAAACAAUCCACAGUAUCUCCAGCGGCCUUCGAUUGUGGUGUACGAUCUGAAAACGGACAAACAGAUUCUUCGGUAUCAAUUCAAGAGUUCAGAUACCCCUACUAAUAGAACUGCUACUGGUCUUGCCUCGAUUACGGUCGUUAUCAAAAACGGUGAUUGCAGCGAUGCGUAUGCGUAUGUACCAGACUUGCAGACAUUUGGUCUGAUCGUCUACUCCCUGAGAGAGAACGACAGUUGGAGGCAUCAGCACAAUUACUUCAGUUUUAACCCCACUUCUGGAAGUUUGAGGGUUGCAGGUCAUUCAUUUAUCUGGAAUGAUGGAAUCUUCAGCGUGGCUGUGGGGCAGCCAGGGUCUGAUGGCUGCCGUCCGGUCUACUUCCAUCCUAUGGUUAGCAACCAGGAGUUCUCCGUGUCUUCAUGCGAGCUGGAGAAGAGACAAGCUAACGAGACUGCUUUUGAGGUGGUCGGUGAUCGAGGUAGGAACAGCCAGAGCACGAUGCACGAAAUGCAUGGCCCCUCAAAGGUGAUGUUCUUUGCUGAAGUGGGGAGAGACUCCGUAUCUUGCUGGAACACUGACAUGCCACUGCGUCCUGAGAACAUGGAGAUGCUUGCACAGGAUAGCUCUAGAUUGAGCUAUCCAUCAGAUUUGCACGUGACGGACAACGAAGUAUGGGUGACAUCGAACACGCUGCCUCGGUUCAUAUUCUCCAGAUUCAACACGAACGACUAUAAUUUCUACGUGUACAAGGCAAAUGUGGACAAUAUAUUAUCUGGAACUAUCUGCGACGGCGCUAGGAGGUCGGACUCCCCUCUGUAUUACCCACAAGAUAGUUACUAUAGUAAAAAUAAAUAUUCAUAAUAUUAAAAUUACUUCUAUGCUAUCGACUUAUGACAGAAAUUCGUUGCUAAGUUAGAAAUUAUAUUGAUCGAUUUCUAAUUUAAGUAAUUCCAUAUUGACGGUUAAAAGGAAAUAGGGUAUAAGCGACAUUUUGGUCAAAAAUGAGUUUACUAUGCUAUCAGCUAUCCUACGUAAAAAAAUCCGCUCUUUCGAAUGCGCUUACUCUCAUGGCUCUACGAUGACAUUUUUGGUUUAUAACCUAGCAAAAAAAUCAUUUUCCUAGUAUUCUUUCGACGACCUACGAGUUUAAACGGCUCGCCUGAACAUUUCAUUUUUUGUCGCUUAUACCCUAUUUCCUUUUAACCGUCGAUAUGCAAGCUACCCUUGAAAACGCUCCGAUAGGUAAAGGGCGUUUACUCUUGAAACCAAUUUCAAUGUCAAUCCAAUAAAAUCUUAAUAAUUAUUUAAUGUAUUGUCCGGAAAUUCCUCUCUCUUGAGCCCUUGACCUUCGGUAGCUUGGAUUUAUCCCGUUACUGGUGGGCUACUGCUUUUUAUAUUUUUAAAUGUAUUUUUUUUUUCUAAUUAAAUAUUUAAAAAUGUAAUCAACAUGUAAAAUAAGUAAAUAAAUAAAUGAAAUUCAAUGUCAAAACUAUACAACCCCAAUCGUAGCUGUUACUAAAGCAUUCAAAGUACGGAAUAUAUAAAGCCAAACUCAAUACCGUUUGGUUCAUUCAAUGUCCACACAAUACGGGUGCAAUGGGCGCUAGUGUUGCAACUCAAGAGUACGUUCACAAUAUCAAUGUCGGUUUGAUAUUUAAUUAUGUUUGUUUUUAUACUUUUGUAUUUAAUUCGUUUUAUAGUUAAUUAUAAUUAUUAUAAUACUGACAAUAAAAAAUACCUUUAAGAUUUGUUUUUA